AGUUUCAAUAAGUUAGCCGACAUGUUUUGUGAUCAAAGAAGCCUUGGUAAAUUUUACUUUUACAUAGAUAAUUAAGUAGUUUUCCGCAGUGAUCCAUCUCGGUAAAAUUGAUUUAUGUUAACACUUAUUAGAAAUUAUAUUUGUUGUUUAUAAUAAAUCGUAAUAUCGAACACAAACUCGAAGAAAACAAAUCGAACGUUUCUUAGAAGGCCAUGACUUUAGUGCACUUAUUUUAAACGUAGAAUAAAAUAGAAUUUAAAACACGUAUUUAGUGAAAAGUGAAAAGCAAUUUGAAUGUUCCAUUAUGCAACAUGGCAGAAUUCAAAGGGUGGAAAUGUUUUUCUCCUGAUCCUCGUAAAGUUAUCGUCGAAAAACAAGAAACCAUAAACCUGCCUCUUGUUGCAGAAGAUGAAUCCUUGCCAAGAACAUCGUUGCCGUAUUUAUCAAGUAUCAACCGCGAUGAAUUUCACACGACUCCGAGCCAUGCUUUUACUUUUUCCAGAAGUUCAUCAUUUUCAAACGAAAAACAGCAACAUUUCAACAUUCCACAAAAAAAAGGAAGAUUUUAUAGAAGUGUUAGUGAUACACCAAAACAAAAUCGUGCAGAAACUAAAAUGACUUCAAGAAAAGAUACCCCAAUGAAACCCAAGAGAGUGUAUGAAAAACGUGAUCCAAAAAAAAUAAUCGAUGAUUUGGGGAAAUUUAGAUCCAAAAGAAAAGAUGCCACUAGAAAGAAAACAAAUACAGAAGACUCGAAAAUUGUUUUUAAUAAUUUCAGUAUUACUGAAACAGACUGGAAGGAAGUGUUUAAAAAUACAGUGAAGAAUCCAGGAAUUGUUUUAAAGUCGCCACAAUCACUAUUGAAAAGUCAAACUGCUAAGAACAAAAUUACUUCAGCAAAACCAUCUGAACGCUGUCAUGAUAUAACCAUAUAUGACAACGGCGAUAAAGGAAUAAAAAAAGGAGAAACGUUACCGAUGAAAAAUCCUUUCGCAACAAAAUCACAACAAAUGACUGAGUGUAAAAUUCAAAAUAAUUCAUAUUUUAAAGAACAACAAAAGCCCCUAUACAAUAAUGACGUAUUUUUGGGAGAAUCUUCGAACAGCAUAGAUCUAGAAAAAACCCAAUUUCAUAACCAAUCCAAUUAUUUGCAAAAUUUUUCACAUUUUAAAACGUAUUUACAUGAUUUCUCACAGUUACCAGAUUUUUCACAAAUCCAAGACACUUCUCAAUUCCAAGAUGCCUCUCUUCUUCAGUGUGAUUCAAAAUUCGAGUAUUAUUUACAAAAUCCAAGCUGUUCACAUUUCCAAUAUGAUUCAAAAAUUCAAGACAAUUUAGAAAUUAACAAUUAUUCACGAGUUCCAAAUUAUCCAAAUAUUCAAAAUAAUGAUCAAGACCAAAAAAGUUCACAAAUUAUAAAUUGUACGACAAAUUAUGAUUCACAAAAUAGCGAGCAAUUCCAAAUUCAAGUUUAUAAACAAAUUCAAAACUGUGAGCAAGAUUUAAAUGUCAAAAAAGUUCAGGAUUUUCCCAUUCAAGACUGUACACAACUACAAAGGUUUUCGGUGUUACAAAAACCUCUACCACUUUUUAAUGAAAAUUCAGUUCAAAAUAUUAAAAUGCUCGCUGAUAUAGCUUGUAAACAUGAAAAAAAUUACGACAGUAAAGAUAAACCGGAAGUUCUACCAAAAAUUGCUUACAGUGAAGAAGUGCUGCCUCCCAUGUCGAAAAAUGAUUCAGAAUUGGAUAGUUUUCCUAACAUAAUUGAACGUUAUAAAGUUGUAGACAAUGAACAAACUUUUGAAAACAUUUCGAUUUGUGAAGUAAAAAACGAAGAUGAAAUAAAAGAGCCAAUAAAUAAUAAUAGCUUAAAAAUCGAUAUUGAUAUUUCUAGUAAUACUUCAAUUAAAGUUCUAGAAGAUUUAGAAGAUUUGGAUAAAUAUAUAGAUUUUAACCCAAAAUACGACGACAAUAUUAUAAAAGAUUUGUGCCAAAUUCUCGAUAACAAAAAAGAAAAAGAGAUUAUCGACACUGUUGAUUUGGUAUCAGCUUUUCCCCAAGAAGAAAAAAUUGAAAUGAACUACACUAAAAAAAGUGUAAAAGAUACAAACGGUAAAAUAGCGGAAAUUUUUGAAGAUAAAACUGAAAUGCGUCAAAUCGAAAAUAAAAAUGAUGUUCAGACAAUCAAAAAUAAUAUUGAAAACAAUUAUCCAUUUAAACCUUCAACGACUGAGGAAUUUUUGGAUUAUUAUGAAAAAUUCAUGGAAGACCUUUCUAAACAAGAUAAAACCAAAAUUACUUCUGAAAAGAAAAAUAAGAGGUCUAAAAAAAAUAAAAUUCAAAAUAACAAAAUUAUUAUUAAUUUUAAUUUAAAAAACGCUUCCGAUGAAUAUGUAUCAAAAAUGGAAAGAAGCAUACACAAAAUAAGAAAUACUGUUGAUUCAAAUUCGUUCGAUUUAUUUUAUUCGAAAUUAGUAAACUUUUCAAAUCUUAAAAUCGAAAAUGGUCCAACAACUAAACAAAUAUUUAUUGAACCCAAAAAUACAGUUCAAGAUUCAAUAACUCAAACUUCUAUAACAGAUAUAAAACUUCAAAAUUCCGCUUCGCAAACUUCAAUAAUUUGCACCAAGGAUCAGGAAACAUAUGUUGAUUUUAACACAACUGAAAAUAAUGAUAACGAAUCAAAAAUGGAUAAGAAAGAUAAAGAACCGACUACAGAAUCUGAAGAAAAUCGAAUCAUUACAGUUAUGAAGAAUCAACAUGCUUUGAUUAUUCAAUAUUUGAAACAACUUAACAACAAAUUGGAUGAAAAUAAGACUGCUGAAAAUAAUACUGAUAGUGAGAACACAUUUUACGCAGACAUUGAACAUAAUGCAGUCAAGAAAUUGAGGACGUACUCAAAAAAUAGUAACAUUCUAUCUGAGAUCCAAAAUAAUUAUAGAAAAUAUGAAGUUUGUGAGAAAGUUGGAGAAAGGUCAAGGAACAAUGUCGAAAAUGAUAUAGAGAUAGUCGUAGAAGAAACAAAUAUUACGCCUCCAAGAGCAAACACCGGUAAAAGAAGACUAAGUGAACGAGUCCAGGGGAGGCGGAAGAAAUCAAGUCGAAUCGAAAAGAGAAAAGCUGAAGAUCAUUCUCCAAAUAUAUCAAAAAUACCACGCCGUACACGCCGUAAACCGAAUCCUCCAGAAAAAUCACGUAGAAUAUUGAGGAGUGCCAUUGCAAAACAAAAUGAAUAACGAUUUAUUUAGCUACAAUCGUUUUUGAAAGUCGUUGCUAAAUUGUCUUUAAUAUUUUUAGUUUAAGUGUUUAACUGUGAUUUUAAAUAUAAAUUACUUUAAGUUGUUUUAUUAUUUAUUUCCUAUUUUGAUUUAUUGUAUAAAUAAGUCGAAACUUGCCAUUGUCUGUUAGUUUUUAUUUGUAUGUUACAAACAGUACCAUUUGAUAAUUUUAUUUGUAUUUCCUACUAUUUGUUUCGUUUUUUGUACUUUGAAAUUCGUUACUAAAUUAUCUUUAAUAUUGCUAAUAUUGUUAAUAUUGUUAGUAUUGUUAGUUUUAAG